GUUCUUCCAGCGACACUCACCACAAGAUCCAUUCCUGACUCUCGAUUUCUCGUUACAGGCUCAAUCCAGCCUACAAUUAGCCAAGAUGCCUCUAGAACCUGGACCAAGUUCAGUACUGGAUUCAGUAUUCCAAACACCGGGGCCAAGCACAUCGAAUGGUCGCAAGAGGCUGUCUACACCUGCGUCGAUGCCGGACUUUAGGUCCCACAAGAAACGGAGAUUGUCGAUGGCCUCGGUGGACCUGUCGUCAGAGAUUGCUCAGAGGACAACGGGUCCGUUGUUUAGCUAUGAGAGUGCCUCUCUAGCCACACCUUCGCGCGACAGAUUUAUCUCGCUACGCCCUGAAACGAUCAUACCCCUCACCAUCAGCCCACGGACCAACAGGAUGUGCAAGAAAUUCGGGAUACUGAGUGGGAACCGGUUAUCCUACAAAGACGAGAACCAAUCACCCAACGCAUCGUCGAGUUCGAGGUCGUCCAAGGCUAAAUCUUCUUCCUCCCUUUCCUCAUCCCGGCCCCUCACAUCGUCGAAAGUGGCCAACGCGGAUGCAUUCGAUCUCCUCAGACGGAGCGCCUCGACCCUCCUCACAGAAUCCAAGAACCGCAACGGGGUAUCCGUCUCGCAGAACCUGGCCAAGUCGAAGCGGUUCUCGCAGGCGCUGGAUAGUCCCGGGAUGAGUCUCAACCAGUACGCCCAACCCGUCUCGUGGUCUCGCCGGAACAACAUCGCAGUGGCGUGUGGUAAAGAGGUGUACUACCAGAACCUCGACACGCGCGAGGUGACGCUGUGUUUUAGGGCUGGGUCUACAGGCUCGAGGGGGGAGUACGAUUUGGUGAAGGAAGCGGUACAUAUUAGCUGGGGAGGGGCGGAGCAUGAGAGCUGGAUUGCGUGCUCGAAUAACCGGGGGUUCUUGGAGGUGUUUGAUACGCAUGCUGCGAGGUAUGCGGUGCGGGUUCCCAAGUCGACGUCGUGGAGAGCGAUGGAUAGCAUUGGUGCGGUGUGUUGGAAUCGGCAUCAGGUGACGUGGGGGAAUAGUAAGCGGGUGUUUGCGAUGGAUGUGAGGUCGGAGAAGAGGCAGCAGGUUGGUGUGCAUGGGGAGUCGGGGGAGUAUCAUACGGGUAAGGUGGUUUCUAUGGCGUGGAGUGAGGAUGGGAAUUACCUUGCGAGUGGGGAUGUGAAUGGGGUUGUGCAUAUUUGGGAUGUGACGGCGCAGAAGAUGUUGACGGAGCGGGGGAAACAUGGAAAGAUGAAGCAUGGUGGGCCAGUGAAGUGUCUAGCCUGGUGCCCCUGGAAAUCUGAUUUGCUGGCGACUGGGACCUUCUAUCCUGAAGGCAUCAUCCGGACAUGGAAUCUCGCGACGAUUACCUCUCAACCUUUCCAACCCGAAAAGACGUUCACGCUCAACUCAUCGGUACACUCCCUGAUCUGGUCACCAGUAUGCAAAGAGCUCCUCAGCGCACACGGUACAUCGUUCCAAGACCUCACUUCCAUCAAAGACAGAAUCCGCCGCCUUUCCUACUUUCCCCCACCCGGCCCAUUGCAAGUAAUCAAGAUGCCGAAACCCAAGAUCGUGGAAACAGAGUUUACGAACGCCCUCGUGGUGCACGAUUACCCGUCCUCGAAGCGGUUGUUGACGCUGACGCAGGCGCAUCGGGAGACGAUUACGGCUGCGUGCUUGGGGCCGACGGGUCAGGAUGUGUUUACUGCAUCGCCGAAGGAGCAGGUGAUUAAGAUGUGGCAGGUGUGGGGGCAGGGUGUCAAGGCGGAGAAGGAGAAGCCGUUCUCUGCGAAUGUUAUCCGGUAG